AUGCUUCUCCGAUCACUUCUAUUUGCGUCGUUGCAAAUCUCAGCAGCUCUCGCCCAGACUGCUCUGACAAGUCCCAUCACCUCUCUGGAAGUACAUAUCGCUCGAAAGCCGACCGUCAAAAAAGCGUUCCAGUGGAACACCUGGGAGGCUGAGAUGGGCUUCGCAUUUGAUAAUGUCACUGCUUCAGCCAUCCAAAGUGGAGACUACUUUGACUUCACCAUCAAAGGCCCUCUCGCCCCUUACUCCGAGUCUUCUGAGGUUCCUCUGACCUACGAUUUUUACAUUGAGACCGACAACAAGGAGCAGUUGUUCCACGUGACUGCUACUGACGACAACCACUCCUUUCGAGCCACCGCAACCGACUUUUUUGACUCCCCCCCAGGUGAGACUUUCAACCUUGCUGGAACUUUCAGUGUGGACUUUUUAAUUCCCGCGUCUGCGCCCCUUGUGGACAGCGUCUUUACCGUCGGCCCUUUCAAAAGCACCAUUUCUUUUAUUCUGCCUACUCCUUUGACCACGCAAGCCAAGGGUGAGAAGGUGAAAGUCCAAAUGACACGCAAGGGCACUUACCUCAUUGCCGAGAUCUUCUCUUUGGUGUACCAGUCUGCUGGUCAACCUGCCCUUCCCAAAGAUGGUAGGUUCAACAGACUACAGGCCACCUCUGGGGCUACAUUUGAGCGGGAACCGAGCCAUCCCUGGGGCUUUGUUGAUGCGUACUAUAUCGAUGUCAACUUGAAGAGAUACGAUGGUGCAGGGUCCCCGAUUGAUGCAGACUUUGCUCCUCCGGGAAACAGUUUUGUCAAUGCGUCGGAGAUGUAUUCUCAUCUAGACUGGUACAAAAUGCCUGCUAACCCCUCCAAGGCGGUUGGACUGUAUGUGUCAGCCCGUAGUAAAAUGAGCGGGUCCGAUGAUAGCUCUUGUUUUUACUACACUGGUAACUACCGAUACGUUUUUUCAUUGAGUCCCAUCUGUGUUGCCCAGGGUCGAGGAGCCGAGGGCUUGCCCAACGGAGAGGGUUUGAUAGCAGUUGACGUUGUUGUUCCGUUGGCUACAAGUUCUGAGGUCACCACAAGUAGUGCCGAGGCUACUUCUGAGGUGACCACCAGUGCUGAUAUCUUUUCUGAGGUGACUUCCAGUACUGAAGCUACUCCUGAGGCGACUUCCAGUGCUGAGGCUACUACUGAGGCGACUUCCAGUGCCGAGGCUACUCCUGAGGUGACUUCCAGUGCCGAUGCCUUUUCUAAUGUGACUUCCAGUGCCGAGGCUACUCCUGAGGUGACCACUAGUGCUGAUCCCUUUUCCAAUAUGACUUCCAGUGCUGUUCCCUUUUCUAAUGUGACUUCCAGUGCUGAUAGCUCUUCUGUGGUGACCACUAGUGCUGAUCCCUUUUCCAAUGUGACUUCCAGUGCUGUUCCCUUUUCUAAUGUGACUUCCAGUGCUGAUAGCUCUUCUGUGGUGACCACUAGUGCUGAUCCCUUUUCCAAUGUGACUUCCAGUGCUGUUCCCUUUUCUAAUGUGACUUCCAGUGCUGAUAGCUCUUCUGUGGUGACCACUAGUGCUGGUCCCUUUUCCAAUAUGACUUCCAGUGCUGUUCCCAUUUCUAAUGUGACUUCCAGUGCUCACAGCUCUUCCGAGAUGACGACCAGUGCCGAGGCUACUCCUGAGGCGACCACCAGUGCUGAUAGCUCUUCUGUGGUGACUACUAGUGCUGGUCCCUUUUCCAAUGUGACUUCCAGUGCUGAUCCCUUUUCUAAUGUGACUUCCAGUGCUAACAGCUCUUCUGAUGUGACUUCCAGUGAUGAUGUCUCUUCUGAGGUGACCACCAGUGCUGAUAUCUCUUCUGAGGCGACUUCCAGUGCCGAGGCUACUUCUGAGGUGACCACAAGUGCUGAUAGCUCUUCUGUGGUGACCACUAGUGCUGGUCCCUUUUCCAAUGUGACUUCCAGUGCUGAUCCCUUUUCUAAUGUGACUUCCAGUGCUAACAGCUCUUCUGAUGUGACUUCCAGCGCUGAUGUCUCUUCUGAGGUGACCACCAGUGCUGAUAUCCCUUCUGAGGCGACUUCCAGUGCCGAGACUACUCCUGAGGUGACUUCCAGUGCCGAGGCUACUUCUGAGGUGACCACCAGUGCUGAUAUCUCUUCCGAGGUGACCGCCAGUGCCGAGGCUACUCCUGAGGCGACUUCCAGUGCUGAGGCUACUCCUGAAGUGACUUCCAGUGCUGAGGCUACUCCUGAUCCUCCCAGUAGUGUCGAGACUUCCAGUACAUCUGAGAGUGCAUCUGAUGAUGAGACUACUAGUGCUUCGACUACCUCUGAGGAAGCUUUAACCGUGUUUGUGACCGAGCAAGCAAUAACCGUGUCUGUGAUCGAGCAAACAACUACCGUCUCUUCGUCUGAACCAACCGCAUCUGCGUCUGAACGAGAACCAACCGUGUCUGCUACCAACUCGUCUACUGCCGCUCCCAGACCCUCAUCUAGCACCAAGGUCUUCAUAAACAUCAAUAGCACUGAUCCUGUCACUGGGAAGGUCACCAGAGCGCCCGUGACUAGUGCUUUGACCACCUCUGAGGAAGCUGCAACCAUGUCUGCGACCGAGCAAACAACAGCCGUCCCUUUAUCUAAACCAACCGCAUUUGCGUCUGAACAAGAAUCAACUGUGUCUGCCACCAACUCGUCUACAGCUUCCGGACCCUCAUCCAGCGCCAAGGUCUUCAUAAACAUCAAUAGCACUGGUCCUGUCUCUGAUAAGGCCACCAGAGCGCCUACGUUGCUUUUAGGAUACAACACUACUGCCGCAGACAGCGGUAAUCAUGUGACUGCUACCAUCACUGUUACUAGCACUUGUGCCACCGCCACUGCCACCGUAACAACCGGCUGCAUCACUGUUGUCGACGGCGUCACCUCUUCCUUCACUGUCGUAGUUGUCCCUAGCAAAGCUGGUUCUGGGUCUGAUGGUUCUUCCAAGGCUGAUUCUACUGCCUCAGGAAUACAUUCUGGAGUGAUUGACUCCGAGUCUGGGGAGAGGCCCAAUGCCGAGCCCUGGUCAGCAGAGAGCAAAUCCGAGUCUCAUUUUGGAUCUACCAGCACAGAAAAGAGCGAUUCUCAGCUCGGAGACAUUUCUGACUCCUCUGAUGUUGCUCCAGACGUUUCUGAUGUUGCUCCAGACUCCUCUGUGGUUGCUUCCGACUUCUCUGAAGCUGCUUACGACUCAGCAGAUGUUGGAUAUUCCUCUCGUGAGUCUAUUGGCCUGUAUUUGCCUGGAUCUUCCUCUCGACCUUCCUCUGGACCUUUCUCGGGCCCCAACAACUCCUCCUCCAUCAGACCCACUCCCUCUACUGAUCAGGCCAACACUGCGUCUUCCCUUACUGUCGGUGCUGCUGCAGUCCUUUUAUUAGCUGCCAUGGUGGUCUAG